AAGCAACUCACAGUAGCUCAGAGCAUCCGUGAUGCAGAUGCUUGACUGGGGCGGUCUGAUGUGAACCUUAAGGAGCCAUGUCUUUGGUAGGUGCCGACGAUUUACCACCGGUCCUCACAGCGCUCAUUGUUCGGUACACUGUGAAGAAGUUCUCUGGAGGGAGAGAAGAUUUGCUGCCCGAUGAUAUAGAUGAUCCCGAGCUGCUUCUACGAGCGCUGGUGAGGAAGUAUCAGUUUGAGUUGCAAGCUGCAAAGAGUUCCCAGUUCAGAGCUGAAACACAGGCUGAGAACCUGAAGAAGCAGGUCGAAUCUCUACAGGAGGCCAGCGAGGAAGCGCAGACUUUGGCAAAAGAGGCCACGUCGAAGUUGGCCUACGCAGAGCGGAGAGUGGGUGACUACCGUAGCCGGAUUGCUUGCCUGGGCAGCAAAUGGGAAUCAAUCACCGGCUUCAGCAAUGAUGAGCUGGAGCGGAAUCCCAGUGCUGCAGCCAAGCGCUUCAAGGGCGAACUCCGAGCUACGCAAUCGGAGAUCUUCAAUGAGAAGAUGACCAUCCGACGUUUGCAGAAGGAGUUGAAAGUUGUCAAGGAGAUGCUCACGGACUCUGAAGGAAGCUUCGCACAGCUGUACGAAGAGCUUGCAUCAACAAGGCUGAAAGACGAGGAGCUGGAAGACAUGCACAAUGGCCUGGAAAACAAAGCGAGAGUCGCUGCAGUGGCACUGGAGGAACAGAAAAAGAUUGUAGCUGAGAAGAGCGAGACGGUGAGAGGACUUCUUGCUCGAGUCCAUGAACUUGAGGCCCAUGAAGGGGAUGUUCAUCGAAAGAAGGCUGCGGCAGAGCGAAAGGCCGUCGUGCUAGAGCGAGAGAUAGAGGAGCAUGUAGAGGACAUCAAAAGAAUGGAGUCUAAAUACCAUGAAGGUGUUGAAACCACCAUGAUCUUGGAAAAGCGGUGCAAAGAGGAGGAGGCGAAAUUGCAGGAGGAAAGAUUGAAGGUAGUAUCUCUGACCGAACAGCUGGCAGAAGAGAAGCAUUGGACCGCCCAACUGAAGCAAGACCUGGCCAAAGCCCAUGCAGAGAUCGAGGGUAUCACGGAGGAGAAGACCCACCUCUUCAAAGAGAAUAAGAGUUUAGACAAGAAGGGCAUCAUGGAAGGGAAGCGUGCGAGAGAGGCUGAAAGCGAGGCAAAGAAGGUCAGAGAGAUGUUGGCGGAUUCUUCGCAUUCAUUGGUGACGACAACGCACGAACUUGGUGACGAGAAGAAAAAGGUCAACGAUCUGGAAGGAAGGCUCGAAGAUACUCGUGGCACUGUCAAGGAAUAUCAGGAAUUGGCGGCCGUCCGGAAGAACAUCGUUGAACGCUUGGAGAAGGAAGUCUACGACCUGAAAGAGCAACUCAAAGACGCCGAGGUGAGGGAGUUGUCCCUUUCCAGACAGCUCAAGAAGACGCAGGCUUCGCUUUUAGAGUCGGUGGACCGCGAGAAGGAAGCAGGCGCUGAGACUGUGCGAGUGGUCAGCUCGCUUGACAUGUCCCAGCGUGAAUUCCAGAGCCUUCAGGGCGAGGUGGGAGGUCUCGAGCUCUCCAUCGAAGACUUAAAGGGACGCCUUGAAGAUGCCAAGGAGGAUGCUCGUGCCUACAGAAAGAGAACCUUUGACCUCGAGGAUGACUUGAAGAAGGAAAAUCACCGUGCUGCAGAGUCUGAAGAAAGAGAGUACCAUUUGAAGGUGGAGUGCAAGAGUCUGAAGCAGAAGCUUGCAAAGGAAGAGGAUGUCAUUGCAGACCUCUCUGAGAAGGUGGAGUUGAUGAAUGCUCAACUGCUUAAGAGCCAAGCAAUGUAUGCCGAAGUGAAGAGCAAAGAAGCAUCAUUGUUCGCGCAGAUUGAGAAGUACAAAGAGAAGCACCAGGAUGCAGUUGAGCGAGGAGAUGUGCUUGAAAAGAGUUUGGCACAUGUGGAAGACGAAGUAGAGGUCUACAAAGGGCAAACGGGAGUCUUGCGAGAAGAGAUUCAUGACAAGAAGCAGAAGCUCAGAGUUGAAAAGAAAAACCUUGCGAUGACCGCGACUGAUUUGGACAGUCUCAAGGAGUCGCUUGGGAACAUGGCCAGCGAUUUGUCCAAGUCCAAAAAGCUCCACAGCGAGGCGGCGCUGCGAGUGGAGGUCCUGGAGAAGGAAAUAGUGGUCGUGAAGGAGAAGCUCGAGGACAAAACAUCGCUCGUAGCCAAACUUGAAAAGGAGAUUGAAGAGCUGAAUGUGAAGCUGGAAGAUGCCAUGUUUGCGGUGACGGAGGAACGCAAAGACGCGAAGACAGUGGUGGAGCUACUACAGCAGAAGGAGGCGGCACUGAGAAAAGUUGAAAAGGAGGCUGUUUUCUCGAAAGAGUCAGUGAAAACGGUUUGCGACGACAUCAAGGUUUUUCAGGAUCGAGAAGUCAAGUUGCGGGAGGAGAGCAAAGAAUUGGAAGGUGAGAUCGAAAGAUGGAAAGUCAAGUUUGAAGAGUCGCAAGUGGAGAUUGCAAAGCUGCAAGACAUCAAUUGGCGAAUCGCAGAGGACCUCAAGACCUCCAAGGUAAGUCUUCGAGAAGUAGAGGCUGUGGCAAAAAAGACUACGAUGGAGCUGAAGUCGGGAAAGGGCCGUAUGGUCGAUGCGGAGGCCAAGAACAUCGAACUGACCGCGAAUGUGGCACAACUCAUGGAGGCGCUGAUACAAGCAGAGGCUCGCGAAAAAGAGGCUCUUGAGCUUGCAGAGGGACGGGGAAUGACACAUGAGAAGAAGAAAAAGAAGAUGCUAAAGGCCAAGACAUCUGCCAGCAUGAGCUAGGCUGAGUUGGCGCAGGCAUCAAUGAGCCCAGAUGAAUCUGAGACAUCCACAUUUUUUCCUGAGUAGAAAACAGUGCCAAGCUCCAACUCUUGUCAAAUUCUAGGAGAACCAGACUCCGCAAACGCGGACGACUGGGAAUUAACAUCCAAG